CUUCCCCUCCCCAGCCCGCUCUCUGCCCUGACCCCUCGAGCACGGCUCGUAGCACGUCUUGCUUCAGCACACACACACGCAUAGCAGGUGGAGGGGGAGGCAGAGCCGCUUGCUUUUGGUUUUCGACCCUCAUAUCUUCAUUUCACAUCAUGAGUCAUGUUACGUUCUGAGCUGAGUAACUGCUGGGGCUAUUUUUACUCCGGCUCAGCGAGCUUCCUUCUCACCGCCGCCACCGCCGCUCACUGCACACCCAGGGGCAGAGGAUGGGGAUGAGCAGGGCGCAGGAGGUGGCCGGGCUCUGAGGCUCAUCGAGGCUCGCACGCGCAAUCUGGAGCAAUAAAACCCCUCUGAUUACCCUCACCUGUCUCCAAACCAAAGCAAAACCAAUUGCCGGCGGUGCGAAACGGACGGCACCAGAGGCAGCGCCCGGCGUGCGGAUCCUAUCUAAAGGGGAAGAUCCGAUCUAAAUGGGAAGGUCUGAUCUAAAGGGGAAGAUCUGAUCCAAAGGGGAAAAUCCAGUGUGCAGGAACGCCUGAAGGAACAAGAACGAAAAAGAGAAUUUAAAAACAAACAGGAGACGCUGAGGAAGACUUCGUCUUUGGAUUUUGCACCAAACUUUGGAAAAGUUGUUUUCAUUUGAAUACAUUUUUUUUUCCCCCAAGAACACUGCUACCCGUUCCUAAAAGCUCUUCUUGUUCAAUGCGCUUGCAUUUAAGAAAGCAAGAAGACCAAGAGAGAAAAUAGCACGCGGACCACCUGCUAAGGAGCCACUCCUCGGAACACAUAGCUGGAUGCCCGGUGCUCAGAGGGGCUUCUCCCCACCCACCUUAUGAGAUAGCAGAGCCCCCCAGCCCUGCUCCCCACACCCCCCGGUGCUGAGGCGAUGGGGACAGGCAGCCUGCUUGCUGCCUGAGGCCGGCUGCCACUGCUUCCCUCCCGGGGCUCUCCGUCCAUGUGCCCGCAGCCGGCAAGGCUUGAACCCGGCAUGAAUUUCGGCGUGGUCUUCGCCGUCAUCCUCUCCCUGCCCCUGGCCCGCCUGGAGGGGGACCCCAUACCCGAAGAUAUUUAUGAGAUUUUGGGUGGCAGCUCCGUGCGCUCCAUCAGUGACCUCCAGCGUGCCCUGCGGAUAGACUCCGUAGAGGAGGACAGCUCUAGCCUGGACCUGAAUGCAACUCAGCCCAGCCAAAACCAUGUGUCCCUGUCUCGAGAGAGGCGAAGCCUUGAUGCUCUGGCAGCAGCAGAGCCAGCUGUCCUCGCCGAGUGCAAGACACGGACGGUGGUCUUUGAGAUCUCCCGUGACAUGGUGGACAGCACCAAUGCCAACUUCGUGGUGUGGCCACCCUGCGUGGAGGUGCAGCGGUGCUCCGGCUGCUGCAACAACCGCAACGUGCAGUGCCGCCCCAUGCAGAUUCGCGUCCGGCAUGUCCAGGUGAACAAGAUUGAGUUUUUCCAGAGGAAGCCAAUAUUCAAAAAAGUCAUCGUGCCUUUGGAGGACCACGUGCAGUGCCGGUGCGAAGUGGUGUCCCGGCCGCCACCCAGGAGCAACCGACCGGCAUCCCGUGAGCAGAGACGCUUCUCGCCGUCAUUCACCACAGCCGCCAUCUCCCAGAGGAAGCGGGUACGCCGGCCGCCAGCACAGAAGAGAAAACACAAGAAAUACAAGCAUGUCAACGAUAAGAAAGUGCUGAAAGAAAUCCUCAUAGCAUAGAAGUGCUGGCAGGGGAGAGAGAGCACAAGGCAGGUUUAUUUAAUAUAUUUGCUGUAUUGCCCCCAUGGGGUCCUUGGAGUGAUAACUUUUCCUCUUUGCCGGUCUGCCUCAACGACUGAUUCAGGCGGCAAAUGGUGCUUCCCUUUCCAUCAGUGGACCUUCUCCUACCGAAGCCUCUCCCUUCUUUCAUUUAUUAACAUCUUAAAGUUUUACAAAAAACAAAAAACCAACCAAAAAAAAAAAAAAGAAAAAAAGACAAACACAGCUUAUAUAUAUAUAUAAUUAUAUAUAUAUAUACCUAUGAGAAAAGAACAAAGUAGAAACGAAACCACAAGCCCCCCCAACACACAACGAGGACAGGACAAUACCCUCCCUGCUCAGGUGGACAGGAUGGAAAAUGUGAAAAGGAGAGUGGGGCCAAAUCCUUACCGCAGGGAGGAGGAAAACGAAUGCACUGAGGGAGGAAGGGGCAUUUUCUUCCUUCCCUGUGUGUUUCUGUAUGGACGGGGCCCGGCUGAGAUCAGCACUUGCACUGGACCUGCGAUCUGACACAGGCGUAUCUCAGACUGCGGGCGGCAUCCCAUGAUGGAAAAUGCACUAUAGGGACCUUUACCGCCCUACCUGGACAGAGAUCUAUUUUUAACGUGCGUGUGUAUAUCUUAUUUGAAAAAAAAAAAAAAAGAAAAACCAAAACCACUGAAACAUACCACAUCUCGGGGAACAGAAGAAAACAAACAAACAAACAAAAUGAAAACAAAGAAGCCAAAUGCCAUUCCCCCCCCCCCCCCCCCUUCUCCCCUCCUGCUCCUGGUGCUGACUGGAAGGUGUACGGACCGAGGGGAAGGAGCAGCUGGCGGCAGAGCCGUCCCCGUGCCCCGGCCCUGCUGAGGAGCUGUCUUUGCACAUGCUGGUGGAGAACUCAACUUUCCAGGCUCGGAUUCAGAGUAUUUUUUAAACUCGCUCUGUAUGUGUGUGCGUGUCUAUGUGUGUAUAUGUAUACGUGUGUGUGCGUGUGCGUGCGUAUUUAUACAUACCUAUAUAAAUAUAUAUAUAUAUGUUCUUAAA